UUGGAACUGCCAUCAUACCUGCCUCCUUCCUAUAGCUGGUUCUGCUGGCCAGAUGUAGUCCUUUCCAAAGAGGCAUGGAGUUCUCCAGCUUUUCUCCAUGAAUUACUCUGCAUCCAUUCCUUUUUUAUACUUUGCUUCUUUAAAAACUCUCUUCUACUCUUAAUAUCAAGAAUGUGCCUUCUUCAUGGAAUCUUAGGUAUAUAAAUUUAUAUAACUGAGAUGGUCCACAUCGAGUUUAAGUUGCUAAUUGUGUAAAUGGAAUGACUAAGGCCCAAAAAAGGGAAGGGUCUGAACAAAGGCCUGCAACUGGAACCUAGGUCACUUCACUUAGACCAGUGAUUUUUCACUACCUUCUCUUUGCAGGAACAAGGAUAGCCUCUGGUUUUAAAGAAAUCCAGACUUCAAUUUCACCCAGAAGUGCUUUUUUUUUAGUUUACUUUUUUUAAAAAAAUAAUAUUUCUGAUUCUUUUAAGGCUUCUUAGUUUUUAGGUUUGUUGACCUAUAUUAAUCCAGGCUAUUUUCUGGCUAUAUCCGCUCUCCUCUAUGGAAAAUAUGAGUAUUGCAGCCCUGCGGCUUCACUCCAAGAACUGUUAAAAAUGGCAGAAGCAGAGUCAAUUUACUUUAUGAAAGAUCUAGUAGUGAUCUGUGUACAGCAGGCUCACAGUAAUUGUGAAGUUGCUUCCCUGAUCACAAAAAAGCUCUGUUUCUCCUUUAAGUAGCACAGUGCGCUAGUGUGGUGGCUAAGAGUUUUGACAGAUACAGUAAAAUUCCUCCCUCUUUUACUUCCUAAUUAUGUGAUCUUGAACAGUCACCUUUGCCCUCAGAGUCUGUUUUUCAUUAGUUGUAAAAUAAGAAUUAGAGUAUCCAUUUCACAGGAUAAUUGUGAAAGUUAAAUGAGAGAAUGCAUGUAAAGUGGUUAACAUAGAGGCUGACAUGUAGAAAGCUCUUGGUUUUAUUACUAGUUUUAUUUUCCUCUAUUAUCAAGCAACCAUGGCCUCAGAAUAAUAGGAGGGAUGAUAACUGUGCUUCACAGCAGUAAGGGAAAAAGUUGGUGGGGAUGGGGGCUCUUCUCACACUUUGUAACCCUUGCAAAGGGUCCUAGUUCUUAAAUGGGGCUAUUAAAAUCCUCCUGUGAGUUUUGACUGGCCACACUGACAGUGCAUUUCCUCCUCCUCUAAGCAAAUACAACUGGCAAGCUGAGAUAACAGAAAUGCAGCCCACCCUCUUGUAAUUCCUUCUGAGAUCCUAACCAGGAUUUGGAAAACACCCGGAUAUGGUUAAAGAACCGUCCCGGGUUUUGUACCAAACCAGGCAGGAACAAAACAUUCCGGUAGCUUAGUUUCUAGAAAAGAGGGCUCUAAGAACUUCCCCCGCCUCCAUUCACUCCUCCCCAGUAACACUAAUCAAAUUAGAGCCCCGGACAUGAGAAAGGCCCUGUAACCCAGGAUACUGACUAAGCAGGGCUUGCAGACUCACGCUGGGGUCUGCAGUUCAGCAUCACUAGGCCGCUAAUGUGGAUAUGGAAGAGUUUUCUCCAACAAAGCAGCUAUUCAUUUGCCUGUUUCCAAGAAUAAUGUGGGCCAUGGAGCCAGGGCAUCUCCUCUGGGCUCUGCUGUUGGUGCAACCCUUAUGGCCUGGACUGACUGAUGGGGCCACUAGAGUCUACUACCUGGGCAUCCAGGAUGUGCAGUGGAACUAUGCUCCUAAGGGAAGGAAUGUCAUCACGAACCAGCCUCUGGACAGUGACACAGUAGCUUCCAGCUUCCUAAAGUCUGACAAGGACCGAAUAGGGAGCAGCUACAAGAAGACCAUCUACAAGGAAUACAGGGAUGGCUCAUACAUGGAUGAAAUAGCUCAGCCAGCGUGGUUGGGUUUCCUGGGGCCAGUGCUGAAGGCUGAGGUGGGAGACGUCAUCCUUAUCCACCUGAAAAAUUUUGCCACUCGUCCCUACACUAUCCAUCCCCAUGGCGUUUUCUAUGAGAAGGACUCAGAAGGUUCCUUAUAUCCAGAUGGUUCCUCUGGUUGGCUAAAAGCUGAUGAUUCUGUUCCCCCGGGAGGCAGCCACAUCUACAACUGGACCAUUCCAGAAAGCCAUGCACCCACUGAUGCUGACCCAGCAUGUCUCACUUGGAUCUACCAUUCUCAUGUAGAUGCUCCACGAGACAUUGCUACUGGCCUCAUUGGACCACUCAUAACCUGUAAAAGAGGAACCCUGAAUGGGAAUUCCCCUCCUCAGCGGCAGGACGUCGACAAUGAUUUCUUCCUGCUCUUUAACGUGGUAGAUGAAAACCUUAGCUGGCAUAUUAAUGAGAACAUCGCCACUUACUGCUUGGACCCUGCCUCAGUGGACAAGGAAGAUGAGGCCUUUCAGGAGAGCAAUAGGAUGCAUGCAAUCAAUGGCUUUGUCUUUGGAAACUUACCAGAGCUGAGCAUGUGUGCACAGAAGCGUGUGGCCUGGCACUUGUUUGGUAUGGGUAAUGAGGUAGAUGUCCACACAGCUUUCUUCCAUGGACAGAUGCUGACCAUCCGAGGCCACCAAACUGAUGUGGCUCGCAUCUUUCCAGCCACCUUUGUGACUGCUGAGAUGGUGCCUCAGGAACCUGGCUCCUGGUUAAUUAGCUGUCAAGUGAAUAGUCACUUGAAAGGUGGCAUGCAAGCACUCUACAAAGUCAAGUCUUGCUCCAUGGCACCUCCCAUGAACCUACUCACAGGCAAAGUCCGGCAGUAUUUCAUUGAAGCUCAUGAAAUUCAAUGGGACUAUGGUCCAAUGGGGCAUGAUGGGAGUACAGGGAAGAAUUUGAGGGAACCAGGCAGUGUUUCAGAUAAAUUCUUCCAGAAGAGCUCCAGCCGAAUUGGGGGCACUUACUGGAAAGUUCGAUACGAAGCCUUUCAUGAUGAGACAUUCCAGGAAAAGGUGCAGCUGGAGGAAGAUAAGCAUCUUGGAAUCCUGGGGCCUGUGAUCCGUGCUGAGGUGGGUGACACAAUCCAGGUGAUUUUCUACAACCGUGCUUCACAGCCAUUCAGCAUACAGCCUCAUGGGGUCUUUUAUGAGAAAGACUCCGAGGGAACUGUGUACAAUGAUGGUUCAUCUCCCUCUGGCUUGGUGGCUAAGCCCUUUGAGAAAGUAACAUAUCGCUGGACAGUUCCUGCUCACGCCGGCCCCACUGCUCAGGAUCCUGCCUGUCUUACCUGGAUGUACUUCUCUGCUGCAGACCCCAUAAGAGAUACAAAUUCUGGUCUGAUGGGCCCCCUGCUGGUGUGCAAGGCUGGUGCCCUGGGUGCAGAUGGCAAACAGAAAGGAGUGGAUAAAGAAUUCUUUCUCCUUUUCACUGUGUUGGAUGAGAACAAGAGCUGGUACAGCAAUGCCAAUCAAGCAGCUGCUAUGUUGGAUUCCCGACUGCUCUCAGAGGAUUUCAAGGGUUUCCAAGACUCCAAUCGGAUGCAUGCCAUUAACGGGUUUCUGUUCUCUAACCUGCCCAGGCUGGAAAUGUGCAAGGGUGACACAGUGGCCUGGCACCUGGUUGGCCUGGGCACAGAGACUGAUGUGCAUGGGGUCACAUUCCAGGGCAAUACCGUGCAGCUUCAGGGCAUGAGGAAGAGUGCAGUCAUGCUCUUUCCUCACACCUUUGUCAUGGCCAUCAUGCAGCCUGACAACCCUGGGACAUUUGAGAUUUACUGCCAGGCAGGCAGCCAUAGAGAAGCAGGGAUGAGGGCAAUCUAUAAUGUCUCCCAGUGUCCUGGCCGCCAAGCCAACCCUCGUCAACAUUACCAAGCUGCAAGGAUCUACUACAUCAUGGCAGAAGAGAUGGAGUGGGACUAUUGCCCUGACAGGAGCUGGGAACUAGAAUGGCACAACCAGUCUGAGAUGGACAGUUAUGGUCACAUAUUCCUGAGUAAAAAAGAUGGACUCCUGGGCUCCAGAUACAAGAAAGCUGUAUUCAGGGAAUACACUGAUGCUACAUUCAGAAUCCCAAGGCCAAGGACUGGACCAGAGGAACACUUGGGAAUCUUAGGUCCACUUCUCAGAGGAGAGGUCGGUGAUAUUCUAACUGUGGUGUUCAAGAAUAAUGCCAGCCGCCCCUACUCUGUUCAUGCCCAUGGAGUGCUAGAAUCUAGAACUGGCUGGCCACUGGCUGCUGAGCCUGGUGAGGUUCUCACUUACCAAUGGAAUAUCCCAGAGCGAUCUGGCCCAGGGCCCAAUGAUUCUUCUUGUGUUUCCUGGAUCUAUUAUUCUGCAGUGGAUCCCAUUAAGGACAUGUAUAGUGGCCUGGUAGGACCCUUGACCAUCUGCCGAAAGGGCAUCCUGAAGCCCCAUGGAGGACGACGUGACAUGGACCAAGAAUUUGCCUUGUUAUUUUUGAUUUUUGAUGAGAACCAGUCUUGGUAUCUGGAGGAGAAUGUGGAAACUUAUGGGCCCCAGGAGCCAGGCCGUGUUAACCCACAGGAUGAGACUUUCUUGGAGAGCAAUAAAAUGCAUGCCAUUAAUGGAAAGCUCUAUGCCAACCUCAGGGGCCUUACCAUGCACCAAGGAGAUCGGGUGGCCUGGUACAUGCUGGCCAUGGGCCAAGAUAUUGACCUACACACUGUCCAUUUCCAUGCAGAAAGCUUUCUCUAUCGGAGUGGAGAGAGCUACCGGGCAGAUGUGGUGGAUCUGUUCCCAGGGACAUUUGAGGUUGUGGAGAUGGUGGCCAGCAACCCUGGGACAUGGCUGCUGCACUGCCAUGUUACUGACCAUGUACAUGCUGGCAUGGAGACCCUGUUUACAGUCUUGUCCCAAAGAGAACACAUAAGCACUACUACCAUCAUCAGUGAAGAGACUGGAAAAGCAAUCCCCAGAGAUGUUGGAGAAGGCAAAGUGAGGAUGCUGGGCAUGCAGAUUCCUGUAAAGGACAUUGAGGUGCUGACUUCUGUCUUGAUUGCCAUUGGUGUCAUUCUCCUGCUCAUUGCUUUUGCUCUUGGUGGUGUGGUGUGGUACCAGCAUCGGCAGAGAAAACUACGGCGCAACAGGAGGUCUAUCCUGGAUGACAGCUUCAAGCUUCUCUCUCUAAAGUAAAUGGAUCCUGGAAAUACACAUCUGGAAUGUACUCCCAGCAGGCCAUGGACAAGCAGCUGACCUCACUGUCAAAGGGGUAUGGGUAGAGAGGCAGAAGAAGGGAUAAAACUCAUCUAAGUAUUUUUUCAUUUAUUUAUUUACAUGGAAAUAAUAUGCUUUCUUUUUCUUUAGUUUCUUUGCUCCACUUGGGCACCUGGGACUGUGAGUCCCCUGGUAUCCUAUAUCACAAAUUUCAACAGCUAUAUUACUCACCCACUGACACUUGGAAGGUCUGGAAAUUUCUAAAAACUGAUUCUUCUCACAAGGUAGAUACCAAGGAUAAGCCUCAUUGAUUAGGUUUCUACUGCUUUCAGGGACCUAGGCAAGUUCAUUCUGAACUGAAGCUAAGUUAACUGUGAUAAUAAAUCCACAUCUAAACUAAGGACUAAGAUAUAGGCAUGAUGAGAAAAGAGUGGGGUAAAAUUUGAAGAUCCAAAUUGUAUUUUUAUUCUUCUUGGCAGUAGACUAUUGGAGAGAAGUUUGUGGAUGGAAUAUUAUUGCCAUUAGCAACUACAACCUCUGGAGACAAAAGCUCCUCAGGAAACCAAAUAUUCCAAGUUCCUGGCACAGUUGCAGUCAAGGGAAUGUUGAGUGUCCUGUCCAUGUUCUAGUCAGAAAAUUCUAUAUAUUAAAGUGCUUGUUAGAAAAGUGAACAUUGUGAUUUUAAUUGUCUCUGUGGCCUCUGGGAGGUUGUGACUGUGACUGAAAGAGCACUCAAUGAGGCUGGUGGGGGUGGCUAGAAUUGGGCUUAAAAUGUGUCUGCUUAUCCUUUGUGGACUCUGAAGUUUUACAUUUUUAAAAUGGAAAAACUUUAUCAGAGGAAGCAUCAAAAUCAGAGUGGCAAGUAGCAUCUUUUAGUCCAUAAGUGUCAAAAGUAUUCUCAAUCCUAUGAAAAGUUGCCAGAGGGAAAAGGACCGAGAUUGGACUCUAACUUUUCCACCGCACACACAGAUAUAAUGGGAUCUUCUGGAAGUGGGGGGUAUGAGAGGUUAACUUGCAAUUUGGGGGGCAUCUUUAUAGGACAGAGUCUUUCCCUCUGGCAAUUUAAAGGAAUAUUCUUUUGUCAUUAAAAAUUCAAACCUCUCUAAAACCUUGGUUAGAGAGCACAGGAGAUAGAGUAGAGGUGGGAUAAAAUGGCCCACUCUCACUACAGUAGCCAUAAUACCAUUUUGCAUGGCAAGUGGAGAAGAGAAGCAUCAGGGAUAGAGAAGAUAAUAACUGAAAUGCUUUACACUUUGAAUCUAACACCUGAUUGCAUUUGACUUACCUUAGUUCUAUCAGGAUGCUACUUUGUUUUAUGUUUUAGUAAACAAAUGAUCAGAAAGAGUAAGUGAAUUUGCCCCAAGCCAUUCAGCUACAAAUUGAGCAAGGAUUCAAGUUUUCAUUUAUUUGACUUUAAAUAUCUGUUUCAUCCUUUUAUAUCAUGAAAAAUCCACUAAUCUCAAUCAUUUGUACUCAUAUUGAAUCUAAUUUUCCAGUUCCUGUCUCUCUAGCAAAUCUCUCUGCCUAAUUAGCAACCACUUAUAGAUUAAGUAUAGAAACCCAGAAGGCUAAUUAUCUGUUGCUAAAUAAUGUUGAAGGUUGGAGGGUAAAACACAGACCAGAGCCUAUAAUUUAUCUUGGUUUACUGUGGUCAGUGUCUUUGUGGAGAGGUUUACUGGAAAUCUCAGAAACAGCAGGGGAUUGGAGGUGGGAAAAGAUUUGGAUUUCUAGUGAUAAAAUCAAAUCUGAGUCUUUAAUCCAUUGUAUAAUCAAUGCACUUAACAGCAGAACUCUGUUGGUAUAUUGUUAAUGUGAAGGUUAUGUGCACUCUGGGAACUCCAGGCAAUUGUCACAUGCAUCUAGAAGGUUGUUAGCUUGGUCGAAGUCAGGACUCUGAGAUAAGAAGUAGGUUGGAUGAGGGUACGUUUCCUCUGUGUGUAAUCUCCAGAACAAGAACAAGAACAAGAAAAGUUUUCCUACUUUUACCACUAUCAUUCAACAUAGUCCUACAGAUCUUAAGAAUUACUAGGCAAUGAAAAUAAAUGCAAGAUUUCCCCAUUUUAAAGGAAGAUAUAAAAUUGUCCCUUUUUUCAGAUGUCACGAUCUUAUAUAUAAAAAUGCCAUAAAGACUUUACCAAAAAAAACUAGAAUUAAAAUAUAUUUAGUACAGUUACAGAAUACAAAAUCAACAUUGAAAAAUCAGUUGUAUACCUAUACACAAACAAUAAGCUAUGUGAAAAAAAAGAAAAUGAUUCCAUUUAUAAUAGCAUCAAAAACAAAAACCAUAGGAAUAUUUUUCUUUUUUCCUUUUAUCUUUUAAAAAUUUUUAAAUUUUUAUAUUUAAAAUGUUAUACUCCAUUUACAAUUAUUACAAAAUAUUGCCUGUAUUCUUUGUUGUACAAUAUAUCCUUGUAGCCUAUCAUAUACCCAAUAGUUUAUAACUCCCACCCCUACCACAUUUAUGUUGCUCCUCCCCCACUGUCCCCACUGGUAACCACUAGUUAUUCUCUGUACCUGUGAGUCUGCCUUUUUAAAAUUUUUGGUUAUAUUCAAUAGUUUAUUAUAAAGUUUUUGAUUCCACAUGUUAGUGAUAUCAUACAGUAUUUGUUUUUCUCUGUCUGACAUAUUUCACUUUGCAUAAUGCCCAUCAAAUCCAUCCAUGUUCCUGCAAAUGGCAAAUUUUCAGUUUUGUGUGACUGAGUAGUAUAAUACAUCUUCUUUAUAAAUUUAUCUUUGAUGAACACAAGCUGUUUCCAUAUCUUGGCAAUUGUAAAUAGUGAUGAACAUGGGUUGCUUCCAUAUCUUGGCAAUUAGAAAUUAUGCUGAAUAAACACUGGAGAGCAUA